GAAUAUUUUUUGUUCAGCAUGAUAUAAAGCACUGUGAUUAAAUAGAAACUAUGCAAUUCAACUUUUUCCAGCUUAAUGGUUUUCAGAUGUUCACGGAGUAAGAAUGGCUGGAGCUAUCAUUGAGAACAUGAGUGGUCGGAAACUAGCCAUAAUAGGUUCAGUUCUCCUGCUAGGCCAGAUAUUCUGCUUUAUUAUCGGAGCUGUUUUAUCUCCGGCUCCGAACAAUUCCAACCAACAUUUAGCGACCAAGUGUUACAACCCCCGUGGAUCUAAGGAGAAAGAUGCAUGGUUUAUCCCGCACGGAGACGACUCUUGUCGCAGGAUUGACUCCGUCGCAGACCAGGAGAUUCUCGACAACCACAUGACAGCGGACAACGUAGUGUUCGCGGUUCACAUGCCACCAAAGAAGUCGAAUACUCAAUUUGAUUUUUCAAGAUGGCAGCAGAACCUGAUCGGAGUAAUGAUGCUGGAUAUUGAGUACCAGGAGGAGGACGAACCUCUCAAGGAGGUUCAUCUAAUGGUUGAGGCGAGGUUGGGAUACAGGAACAAAGAAGACCCCCCCGGGGUCUGGACGGAGUAUGCGAAAAGUUUUGAAGCUCGGAACCUGAACUGUGACAUAGACGAGGAGAAACGUGUACCUGGAUACUAUUACAAUUGCUCCAUGCUUCCACUGUUUGAUCUGGGAUCUCUGCACCAUGAUUACUACCUACUCAAUAUCCGUCUACCCACAGUGUUCCUGGACAGUAGGAACCAGGUUCAGGAGAUAAAUGAGGAUAUUGGUAAGCUGGUGGAUAUCUGGUUAAUAGCUAUAAAUCAGAACGGAGGUUUUACUAAGAUCUGGGUCUCUCUGAAAACAGUUUUCUUCCCAAUUAUCAUCCUUGAGAUGAUUUGGUUUUGGAACCGGAUCAGUAUGUUAUCCCGAGCUCCGAACCUUCUGGAGAAAACCCUUCUCUCCCUUGGUUUGGCGUUAACAUUCCUCAACCUGCCAUUAGAGUACUUGACCCUGGCCUACGAGAUGCCUUGGUUAAAUCUCUUUAAUGAUAUCAAGCAAGGAAUUUUCUACGCUAACCUUCUCAUCUUCUGGUUGAUCUUCGCCGGGGAGCAUCUGAUGAGCGAUCAAGGGGUCGGAGAUCCCAACGGUAUCUUUGCUUACUGGAAGAACCUCUCCGUGGUUCUGUUCGGUUGUCUUUGCUUAUUUGUGUUCGAUAUGUGCGAGAGAGGAGUUCAGCUGCAGAACCCGUUCUACUCUAUCUGGGUGACGGAGCUGGGAACCAACCUGGCUCUGGGUUUUAUCAUCCUGGCCGGAAUCUCUGCUGGAUUAUACUUCUUGUUUCUCUGCUACUUGAUCCGCAAGGUUUUCCUUAAUAUCGCGGAUAGAUCUUCUUCAUUCACGAGUAUGUCGCAGAUCAGGCGACUCCACUAUCAGGGGAUAAUCUGGAGAUUCAAAUUCCUGAUGCUGGCCACCCUUCUCACCGCGGCACUCACCGUCAUCGGGUUCAUCAUCGGUCAGGUGUCGGAGGGAGCUUACAAGUGGGACGAGGAUCUUGGAUCUACUCUCCAGUAUACAUCAGGGUUCCUCACCGGGGUCUACGGUCUCUGGAACAUUUACAUCUUCGGUCUUCUCUUCCUCUACGCUCCUAGUCAUAAAACUUGGGGGAAUGAAGAUACGCAUUCUACAGGCGAAGAAGUUGAGUUUGAUGUUACCGGAGCCGGGACACAGGGAGAUCAAUCAGAAAUGAGCUCUCUUACAGAGUUCAUCCGACAUCAAGCCACAGACUAAACUAUCCGAUAUCAAGCCACAGACUAAACUAUCCGACAUCAAGCCAUAGACUAAACUAUCCGACAUCAAGCCACAGACUAAACUAUCCGAUAUCAAGCCACGUACUAAACUAUCCGAUAUCAAGCCACUGACUAAACUAUCCGAUAUCAAGCCACAGACUAAACUAUCCGAUAUCAAGCCACAGACUAAACUAUCCGAUAUCAAGCCAUAGAUUAAACUAUCCGGUAUCAAGCCACAGACUAAAAUAUCCGAUAUCAAGCCACAGACUAAACAAUCCCACAUCAGAACACAAACUAUACUCUCCGACAGCCUGAAGAGUUUAUUCUAAAUCAGACCACAGACUAAACUAUACGACACCCUGGAGCGAUUAUCCUAUAUCAGACCACAAACUAAAAUAUCCAACAUAACGUGGAGGGUUUAUCUGACAUCUCUAAAAUAUCCGACACCUUGGAUAGUCCACAGACUAAACUAUCCGACACCCUGAAUAGUCCACAGACUAAACUAUCCGACACCCUGGAUAGUAUACAGACUAAACUAUCCGACACCCUGGAUAGUCCACAGACUAAACAAUCCGACACCCUGGAUAGUCCACAGACUAAACAAUCCGACACCCUGGAUAGUCCACAGACUAAACUAUCCGACACCCUGGAUAGUCCAGACUAAAAUAUCCGACACCCUGGAUAGUCCACAGACUAAACAAUCCGACACCCUGGAUAGUCCACAGACUAAACAAUCCGACACCCUGGAUAGUCCACAGACUAAACUAUCCGACACCCUGGAUAGUCCAGACUAAAAUAUCCGACACCCUGGAUAGUCCACAGACUAAACUAUCCGACACCCCCGAUAGUCUACAGACUAAAAUAUUCGACACCCUGGAUAUUAUAAAUCCUAAGACCACAGACUAGAUGGACAAUUUAUCCUGACCUAGCAUUAUUUAUCAUAUAUAAUUCAUUGUACAUCAGACCAAGGACUAUACUAUUAUAAGCCCUAUCCUUGGAUAAACCCUCCUACUUUUUCGAUAGACUAUCUGAAACUGUGGCUCAUUCAUUAGACACCAGACCACCGACUUGUUAAUCUUUUUAACUGACAAUUGUACUUGUGGAAUUUUUACUCUUUAAAUGCUUCAUUUUAAUUGUUUUAUAUUUGGUAAUUUUUUCCAGAUUAAGGCUCUUAAACUAAGUGUAUGCUAAUAAUUGUGCUUCAGCAUGUUUGUACUUCAUAUGCAUAAUGAGCAUAUGCAUCGUGCAAUACAACUUUUUAAGUACACAUCCUUGUAUUUGAUUUAAACCAAUAAUAUUUAUCUCUGUGUUAGUAUAUAUUACAUCUGUGUUAACCUCUGUGCCAACCAAAUAUUGUCAUAAAUCUCGAAUAUUGUUCUGGAAUCUCCUUCCCUUCUCUCUUUUACAAUUUUAAUGCUUGACCUCGAUCCUUGUCUGUACUUUUCAGACAAGAUUUUUUGUAUUUUAAACUAUUUUAUCAAUCCUGUUGUCCUUGCUUCCAACUUUACUCUGGCAUAAUUAGAUUUGUGAAAACUAAACGAAUAAGUUGUUUCAGGGGUGUAUAUUAGUUGUGAGACUAUUCCCCCCCCCCUUUUUUUAGUAUCAUAUUUUUUUCACAAAUCCAUUACUUAAAAACAGGUAUAUUUUACAGGUUUCUGAAGCCCAUGCAAACUUCCGUUUCCCCUUCCGUUUUUCCUUUUCCUCCUUCCCUUUCCCCUUCUUCCUUUUUUUCUUCAUUUUUUUCCCAAACCCAAUAAAAGCUCAUAUUAUUGCUCCCCCCCCCCGGGGGGUGGGGGAAAAAAGCAGAAAAAUAUACACCCCUGAGUUGUUUCUUUCAACUAAUUUAGGACAUUUAUAUAUAUUAUCAUUAUAUCUAACCUUAUCCUAGAUAUCUCAUAGAAAGGGAGUUUAUUUUCUGGGAUGAAAACCAGGCAUUAACUACUGUAUUUAAUACAAAACUGAUUGUUCAAAAAAGGUUCUCAAAUGUGUGAAAUAAAAUUUUUCUAAAAUAAACUCGAUAUUUGCAACCCGGACCCAUAUUUAAAAAUUUUCUCCAAUGAGAAAUCUUGGUAAAAUGUCGACUCCUGCAGAUUUAGCCCGCAGAAAACUUGUUUUAACCCCUUGAUUAAAUGUUUUUACUCCCUGCGACUGAUCAGUAUUAAUACUUGUUGUAUUUCA